AUACACUAAUACUAAUUAAAAACCUUUCCUGGCAGAAUUACAAUAACUAAUCACUAAUCAUCAACAACACUAAUUACAAGAUCAUGUUGAAAAUCAAGAUACAACAAGGAUGGGUACUCAAAAGGGUUUUAGCCGUCGUUGCAAACAUGGGCCCCACAGCCUUGAUGGAGAUCUUACCAACCGGGUUGUUAUUCCGGGUCACGAAUCCAGCCCAAGAUGUUUCGACCAUUCUAGGGAUUAAUACGGCGGCGUUUCAUCACUACUCGUGUGAUGAGGCUCUUGUUUUUGAAGUGAAUCUCCAACAAUUUAGCUCAAUCAUAAACUCUGCUACUGAUGAUGAAGACAUUACCAUAUGUCGAUCUUAUGAUACUCCAAAUCUUGUUUCUUUUGUGUUUGUCAAUAAUCAAAAUAACGAGGAUAACAGAAACAUAGAAUUAGAGGUUGCCAAAGUGGAAAAAGACCAUUGGAGUGCAGGUGACGAAUUAAUGCAUGAAUUCAAAGUUUGCAUUAGGUGUGAAGAUUUAGCACAUAUUAUGGAGCAUUCCAAGGUGAACAAGGAAGCAAUUACUAUUACUAUGAUGGGAACCAUGGUGACUCUAAAUUCAGGCUAUGAAACACUCCAUCUCAAAGAAGAGCGUCAAGAAUGCAUAAUUAAGAAUGUACCAGCAGGAACAAGGCAACAUUUACAACUAAGUGUGAAUAGGCUGGACUCUUUUCUAUUGGUGUGUCGUACAACGAACAUAGUAUGGAUCCAUGAUUCCAAUUCCCGGUCUCCAAUUCGCCCGCUUUUGGAGUUUCCCCUCGGUGAUUUGGGCAGGCUUCUUAUAUUUUUGCCUCAGCCUUUUAUCAUCUCUUGAUCAAUAAUUGACAAAUUAGACUCAAACUCCCAUAUCUCAUUAAUUCUCAACGUAUAUAAAUAUUAUAAGGGAAGGUUAAUUAAGUAACUCUGUAUAUCUAUAAUAUUACAAUA